CAUCUUCUAAAGCACUGAUGUCGCUACGUGUCGGGGAUUGCUAAUCGUUUGGCAUAUAUUGCUUGAAGGAAUUCAAGAGCUGCAGCCUUACAGUGAAGUUCCUCACUCCUGCUGAAUAUGGACUUAGCCUGUGAGGCACACCUGCUGGUGGUUCUGCUCACCUGUCUGGCCUCGCGGUCCUGGGCCCAGGAGAAGGACUACACCGUGCGGGAGGAACUGCCAGAGAACGUGAGGAUUGGGAACCUGCGCAAAGACCUGGACCUGGCCCUGGACCCCAAUGUCAAGCUGUCAUCGCCGCUGCAGUUCAAGCCCGUCUACAAGACUGGCGACGUGCCUUUGGUGCGGGUCGAGGCCAACACGGGGGAGAUCUUCACCACCUCCAACCGCAUCGAUCGGGAGAAGCUCUGCUCGGGCGUCUUCAACGAGAAGCGCUGCUUCUACGAGCUGGAGGUAGCCGUGCUUCCCGACGAGAUCUUCCGCCUGGUAAAGAUUCGCUUCCUUAUCGAGGACAUCAAUGACAAUGCCCCCCUGUUCCAGUCCACUGUCAUUAACAUCUCCAUCCCGGAGAACACUGCCAUCAACUCCCGCUACCCCGUCCCCUCCGCCCUAGACCCGGACGUGGGGAUCAACGGAAUUCAACACUAUGAACUUGUCAAGAGUGUGAGUGAAUUUGGACUGGACAUCAUUGAGACUCCAGAAGGGGACAAAUGGCCUCAGCUCAUUGUCCAGCAAAACCUGGACCGUGAGCAGAAGGAUACCUUUGUCAUGAAGAUCAAGGUGGAAGAUGGUGGGACUCCCCCAAAAUCCAGCACAGCUAUCCUGCAGGUCACCAUUUCCGAUGUGAACGACAACCGGCCGGUGUUCAAAGAGAGUGAGGUGGAAGUGAAUGUACCAGAAAAUGCCCCUGUGGGCACAUCAGUCACCCAGCUCCACGCCACUGAUGCUGACCUUGGCUCCAAUGCACAAAUCCACUUCUCAUUCAGCAACCAAAUAUCCGCUGCCACCAAACGCCUCUUUGCGAUUGACAGUAACACUGGACUGAUCACCAUCAAGCAGCCACUGGACAGAGAGAUCACUCCAGUUCACAAACUCAUUGUGCUGGCUAGUGAUGGAAGCUCCACACCAUCAAGAGCUACAGUGACAGUCAACGUCACAGACAUUAAUGACAAUGUGCCAUCCAUAGACACCCGAUACAUCAUGAACCCUGUUAAUGGCACCGUUCUGCUGUCAGAAAAUGCCCCUCUUAAUACUAAAAUAGCUCUCAUCACCGUGACAGAUAGAGACGCUGAUCUGAAUGGGAAGGUGACUUGCUACACUGACCACGAUGUUCCUUUUCGACUGAAGCCAGUGUUUGACAACCAGUUCUUGCUAGAAACUGCAGCCCCCCUAGAUUACGAGACAACUCGAGAAUAUGCCAUUAAGAUAGUGGCUUCAGACUCUGGGAAGCCCCCACUGAACACUUCGGCUAUGGUCCUAAUAAAGAUCAAGGAUGAAAAUGACAAUGCUCCCAUAUUCCCUCAGCCUGAAAUUCAGCUGUCCAUCCCAGAGAACAACGACCCUUCAACACAGCUGAUAAAAAUCAGCGCCACGGACGCAGACAGUGGUCGCAAUUCAGAAAUCACUUAUACCCUGGGCCCUGACCCGCCUGAUGGCUUUAACAUUGAUCGACGGUCCGGAAUCCUCUCUGUUGGGAAGAGGCUUGACAGGGAAAAGCAGGAGAAGUACUCAUUCACUGUCAUCGCGCGGGAUAAUGGCUCCCCGUCUCUACAGAACAAUGUGACUGUGAAGGUGAUGGUCCAGGACAUUAAUGACAACAGUCCAGCCUUCACCCACCCUGAGUAUAAUUUCUACGUGCCUGAGAAUUUGCCAUUGUACGGAACAGUGGGUUUGAUCACUGUCACAGACGCGGAUGCUGGUGACAAUGCCGUGGUCACCCUCUCUAUACUGAACGGCAAAGACAAUUUCAUCAUUGAUCCAAAAACUGGUGUGAUCAAACCAAACAUUACAUUUGACAGAGAGCAGCAAAGCUCCUAUACCUUUGUGGUGAAGGCGGUGGAUGGGGGCCGGCCACAGUGCACCUCUUUUGCAAAAGUCACGAUAAAUGUGGUGGAUGUAAAUGACAAUCGCCCUGUGUUUGUGAUCCCCUCAUCUAACUACUCCUAUGAACUAGUCCAGUCCACCACCAGCCCAGGGUCUGUAGUGACAAGAGUCUUUGCUAUAGACAAUGACACAGGCAUGAAUGCAGAGCUGCAGUACAGCAUCAUCCGAGGAUCUCCGAAGGGCCUGUUUGCUAUUGAUAAAACAACUGGUAACAUCACGCUUCAGGAGAAAAUAGUCCCUGCUGAUCAAGGCCUGCACAGGCUGGUGGUUAUGGUCAAAGACCUGGGACAGCCGGAGUCCUUGCAUGCCAUUGCUCUAGUCCACUUGUUUGUGAAUGACACUGUGUCCAAUGCCACCUUUAUUCAAGAGCAGCUACGCAGGAGUAUGGAGACCCCCUUGGACCGCAACGUUGGAGAGACUGAGGUCACGCCCCCGGCCAACAGCUAUGUCAUCGUGGUCAUCGCCAUCAUUGCAGGCACGAUGACCGUCAUACUAGUCAUUUUUGUGACUGCACUGGUGCGUUGCCGGCAGACACCGAGGCAUAAAGUGGUCCAAAAGGGGAAACAGAGCGGUGAGUGGGUGUCGCCAAAUCAGGAGAACCGUCAGAUCAAGAAGAAGAAAAAGAAAAAGAAGAGGUCUCCCAAGAGCCUGCUGCUGAAUUUUGUUACCAUCGAAGAGUCAAAACCAGACGAUCCCACCCAUGAGCACAUCAAUGGCACCCUGGAUCUCCCAGUAGAAUUGGAGGAGCAGACCAUGGGGAAAUACAACUGGGCCACCACUCCGUCCACCUUCAAACCUGACAGUCCAGACUUGGCUAAGCACUACAAGUCUGCCUCCCCUCAGCCCACCUUCCAGAUUAAACCAGAGACCCCAGUCGCUCCCAAGAAACACCACGUUAUCCAGGAGCUCCCCUUGGACAAUACCUUUGUGGUGGGCUGUGAUUCAUUAUCCAAGUGUUCCUCGAGCAGCUCCGACCCUUACAGUGUCUCAGAGUGCAGCUGUCAGGGAGGCUUCAAGGCGCCUGGACAAAUUCACACCCGACAGGAGACGGCACUGAAACCACCACUCUAUGGCACACUGUGUGGCACAGGUACAGCUCGCUCCCACAGGAUAAAAAUCAAUCUCUAGCUGCCAAUACCUAGAGAGGGAGGAGGUCACAGACUGAAGAGGUGAAACACACACUAUACAUGUUCUACAGCCUCAAACAAGACCUAGAAAGGAUUUUUCCCCCCUUUUUUCAGAAAUGAAAGACCUGAAACAAAACAUGUCUUGCUGCCUACUUGAAGCUUGUCAAAACUCCACUAGUGAAUUUCUAGGGGUCUUGAAGUGCAUUGUUCAAUUUCUUCCUCACUUGCCUGCAUCACAUUGGUUGGCACAGAAGGCAAAAAACCAUCAUGAGUGGUGUUCCCACUCGACAAAACAAAACAGCUGUGAUGGAAAGUGAUGUAAAGAUUGUUCAUAUGUAGUUAUGUAUGUAUGUAUGUACGUAUGUAUAUUUAACACAGCCAUGGUUAAAACCUGUCUCUCUAUCCAUUGGUUUUGUUUUGAACUUUGACCUUUUUCACCUGCCUGAUGGCUGCUUUGUUUUCCACCUGUCCAUUCGUAUGGCACUGGUGCUCUAAUGGGGCUUGCUCACAGAUAACAUGACUGAUAAUGUCACGCUAUGCGUGUGACUGCACCCGUGUGACUGCACCGUCCUUGUCACAGCGUACGUGUCACCCCUCUCGCCCACUCUGUGUGACACUGUUGUAGUGCAAAUGUACAGCGUGGUUAGCAUUAGUAUGCAUGGCAUUCAUUAGGAAGUAGCGACAGACUACAGUACCUUACAGCUGUGCUACUGGCGGCCAUAGGAUGCCAGUGGAGGCUUGCAGGGAUGAAAGAGGUUUAAUGCUUUGAGCUAAGCCACAGUUUUGAGACACUGUUGGUUUGGUUUGGAAAUAACAGCUGUUAUUAUAAGACAGUAAAACAGAAUGCGUAGCUUGCUGUGUCUUCGCAGUGUCAAGAAGGUGCUACAUGUAUGUGUGAUGUAGUCAGUCACCAAACUGAUGCCAAAAAUGAGCCAAUUCAAUCAGCGUGAAUUUUUUUUAAUGAUAUUCAAGAGCAAGGCAUUAAUUCUGGAUAGAAAACCUCAGGCGGUCUUUAAUGAGACGCUGAAUGACUAAAGCAUAAGGACCUGGUUGUGUGCACUUAUUUAC